GCCGGACUGAAGAGAGCACUGAGGUAGUUUGGCGUGUGCUGCUCCGAUGGUAUGUGCACCUUCAUCUUCAGCAGCCUGUGCUCAUUUACAGUAAUCAAAGCCUGCUCCUCUGGGAGAUUAACUCAUUCUGUCAUCAGCGGCCCGUUGUCCUGGAAACCAUGACGAUUAAGAAGAUGUGUCGCAGGAUGACAAACCAGUCGACAGCAAACCAGUCCAACACAAACAAGAAGGAGAAAGACGAGAGCCAGCGAGAUGACAACACAGAAGUUGCGUAUAAAGAUGCAGGCCACUGCAGCCGCAACACCCACAACCUGCUGCUGGGACUCACUGUUAUGGGUGUUGUCAUGGGAGCGGUGUUUGGGAUGCUGCUGCGGUACAUGAAGGUGAGGGACAUGGCUGCCCUUACUAUGGUUUCCUUCCCAGGAGAAAUCCUCAUGAGGAUGCUGAAGAUGCUCAUCCUGCCUCUGAUCAUCUCCAGCCUCAUCACAGGGCUGGCUGGUCUAGAUGCCCGCUCCAGUGGCAGGAUGGGCAGUAGAGCCAUGGUGUACUACAUGUCCACCACUGUAAUCGCUGCCAUCCUUGGAGUCAUCCUGGUAUUGGGGAUCCACCCCGGGAACCCCAAACUAAGGGGAGGCUCCAGCAGCUCAGCCCCAAAGAACCAGGAGGUCAGCAGUCUGGACGCCUUCCUCGACCUGCUCAGAAACCUCUUCCCUGAGAACCUGGUGCAGGCCUGCUUCCAGCAGGUUCAGACGGUGCUGAAAAAGGUGCCGAUUGUAGCAACAAACCAAACUGAGCCCGUCUUAGUCAACAGGAAGAAACUGGAGUACAAAUGGGGCAUGAACGUCCUCGGCUUGAUUGGCUUCUUCAUCACCUUUGGGAUCUGCAUGGGCAGGAUGGGCGAGCGAGGGAAGAUCAUGUGCGACUUCUUCAACAUCCUCAAUGAGAUUAUCAUGACGAUGGUGUCCAUGAUCAUGUGGUACUCUCCUGUCGGUAUCGCUUCCCUGAUUGCGGGAAAGAUCGCAGCUAUCGGGGACCUGGAGGUGGUGGCCAGGCAGCUGGGCAUGUACAUGGUGACCGUCAUGGUGGGCCUGGUGAUCCAUGGCGGCUUGAUCCUACCUGCUAUAUUCUUCGCCAUCACCAGAAAAAGUCCCUUUACGUUCUACUCUGGAAUCUUCCAGGCUUGGAUCACAGCUUUGGGCACUGCUAGCAGUGCAGGGACGUUACCUGUCACCUUCCGCUGCCUGGAGGAAAAUCUGAAGAUUGAUAAGCGCGUGACUCGCUUCGUGCUGCCCAUAGGUGCCACCAUUAACAUGGACGGCACCGCGCUGUAUGAGGCCGUGGCAGCCAUCUUUAUUGCCCAGAUGAAUGACAUCACCCUGGACAGCGGACAGAUCGUCACUGUCAGUAUGACUGCCACCUUGGCCAGUGUUGGAGCUGCCAGUAUUCCCAGUGCUGGACUGGUUACCAUGCUACUGAUCCUGACGGCUGUGGGACUGCCUACUCAGGACAUCAGUCUGCUCAUCGCUGUCGACUGGCUGCUUGACAGAAUGCGUACCUCCAUCAAUGUGGUGGGCGACUCAUUUGGCGCCGGGAUCGUGGAUCACUUGUCGAAGGCAGAGCUCGCCGAAAUUGACGCAGCAGAAAUGCAAAUGAUCCCGCCGGAGGAGGAGCUUGAUUUCAUCCCUCCACCCCCGAUCCUCACGGAGAUGGACCUGAUGGAGCCCCUCAAACCACCCGAGCUGCCCCCUCGUUCCCCUCGCCCACCCAAACAAAACCACCACGGCCCCAUUCUCUCCCAGUCCCAGUCCAUCACUUACUCACCGUCCCGCUCUAUCCGAUCUCCAUCACCACGCUCCAUCCGCUCUCCCUCUCCGCGUUCCGUCUGCUCCCACUCCCCUCGGCCUUUCCGUACUCAUUCACCACGCCUCCUCCACAGGACGGAGCCGGGCUACUGCGCCCUGCCCAGCCACGAUAACCAGGUUCCCACAAUGCCUCGCUCCUACAGAGAGAGAGAGAGGGACAGGGAACGGGAGCGUCUGAGGCGAGAGAGUGAAACCGAAGAGGAGGAGGAGAGAGAGAGGGUUCUGGGUGAAGUAAGCGACGGCGAGGAGAGCGAUGACACUGCUUACGACCGGAGGCAUGCCAUGCUGCCGAGCGACUUGCCGUGAUCGGAUUUUAUCACCAAAAAGCUUUCCCAUCGAUUAGUUUCCGUUUUACAUCAGCUUUUGAUGUCCACAGUGGAUUUCUGGCUGGUUACAUUGCUACUUCUGCUCUUGAUUAACAGAACUGUUGGAUGCGUGAUCUGAGCUCACUUUGAGCUUAAUAUGCAUAGAUACUAAAACAUCAACACAUUCCUUAGACGGGCCCUUAAAACCAGGCCUGAGACGUUUGCUCUUUGGUUUCUUGCAAAAGAGAGCUUAAAUGGAGAGUUGUUUCCCUAGUUUACUAAUGUCUCCAUCACUGUCUUGACUUCAUAACCAAAUUUAAAAUGCUCCUGCAUGUCUGAACUUCCUUAUAUUUGCCUGAUAAGAGAGAAAUUUGCUCUCUCUAUGAGAAAAGUAUCUUGGUGUUAUCAGCCUUUAAACGCACAACCACAAGUUUGUAGUUGUUCCUUUACCCUCGCUCAACUCCUCCCUUCUCUUCUACUUUUAUUUCCCUGGCAGGAAGUGAAAAUUAUUCAACUUAAAAGGAAUAGUUUACCAUUUUGAGAACGACGCUUGUCGCUUUUCUUGCAUAGUCACAUUAUACUUACAUGUUGCACUCAUGUCUGAGUAAAUCCACCUGCCAGCACCUUUAAAGCUCACUAAUUGACAUAGUAAAAUUUGUAAUCCAUACUAAAAGAUUUUACGAGCCAGACUAUUCCUUGGCUGGGUGCACUAAAUUCAUGAAGUCUCCACUGGUUUACUGGCAACUGGUCCCAGUCGAGAAAUAGUCCAGGACACAAAGUCCAUAAAGCCCCAGCUUGUCGGUAUUACACUUUGUUUUUUAGUGUGGAUUAAUGACACAAAACACACCGUGUUAAUUAAUGGGAUGGGCAUGAGCACUUGAGUGCUCGCUUUGGACGUCAGUAUUUGUUCUUACAGAGUAAUCGUCGCCCAACUCCCCACAUGUAAACAUGAUUUUUUUUUUUUUUUUUUUACCCUUUAAAAUGGGUAAAAUCUUCAUUGUAGAGCUGCGUACAGUGUAUUGCUCCACUCAGUGCCUCCUUGCCCCACUGUCGCUGCCGCUCUGUUGUCAUGAGCCUACUGCAAUGGGAGCGUGGGCUCUGCACUGGGGCAUAGUCCAUGAGAAUCUGCCCAUACACACACAGGAACAGGGCUAACUGUUAGCAUCACAUGGCUAACAUUACCUAAUGUAAUGUUGGUAACAGGUUUAACGACAGAGUCAAGCCGUUUCGGUGCUGGAGUAAAUUUGCAGGGACUGUUAAAUGGUUUGAAUGUAGGGUUUAGCCACAGCUGCUGUGUUAGCACGUGCUAACCAGGCACAUUUUGAACUGUCUGGAAGGGGAGUGGCUUCACGCUCUAACCUUUGUAACAGCGGCGUCAGAACGUUUGCUUAUUUUUCUUAUGUUAACAUGUAAUGAAUGGGUAAAUAUGCCAACUGAGGCCUGGUUGUUAAUUAAUUGAUUUCCAAAUUUAUUUCUUUUACGUUAUUGGCAAACUGACAUUCCUAUUCUUACGUUGGACUUUUUUGCGAGUACUUGAGUACUCGCUAAUAAUUUAAUGUGAGUACUUAAUAUUAAAGUUACUCAAAAUUCCCAUCCCUAUUAACUAGUAAGCUUUAAAGGUGCAGGUGGGCAGAUUUUUUUAAACUUUGGACAGAGCCAGGCUAGCUUGUCUUCCUGUUACCAGUCUUGAUGCUAAGCUAAGCUAACUGGCUACUGGCUGUAGCUUCACAUUUACCAUACAGACAUUAACUCCCAAAAUGUCAAACCAUUCCUUUAAAUAACCUCUAGAAUACCAACAGUUUUAUGUAAAUGAAAGAAGCACACAACUAGCAGCCGUAAUUUUUAUAAUUCUCUACCAUCUUGCAUCUCUUUACUUUUCCAUCCUCAGUGCUCUUCUUGCACAUCACCUCCCACCUUGAUGUUAAUAUUGUCUAUAUUAUGUAUGGUUUGUAUUUUCUUGUUGUGGUCUGGUGUCUGAAACGAUGAGUAAUAGACAAGAUGCUGUUUUAAUUUUGUUGUAUGUUUAAAUUGACUCGUCUCAUGUAUCAUUCUUCAUUGCUGUAAAAUAACGCCAUCAGUCUCUUCCUCGCCCACUGAAUUGCCUUUCAUUUUAAAUUUAAGUUCAUCAACUGCCUCCCUACAUCCUCAAGUCUUAACUCAGAGACACAGGUCCAGGUCGUGUGUAUAUUGUAUGUAAU